CGCCGUGUUCUACUUGGUUUCAAACCGCCUCCGACCUGUUGACAUUGAAUACCUUCGGCAACUCUCUCCCUUCACGAACAUCAUCAUCCUGCUUGCCCAGGCAGACCUGAUGUCUGCCGAUCAGAUCGCGGCCAGCAAAGCCCAGAUUCACGGCCAGCUCAAGGAAGCCGACAUCCGCCUCUUCUCCUUCUCCCUCCCGUCAUCCCCAACAGACGCGGACAAGCAGGGCGUCUACGCCGUCUCCAACGCGACCGGUUCCGAUCACGACACGAUGGAUGCCAGCCUGCUCAUGUCGCCAGACUACGUCCAGCCCCUGGCCCCCUCCGAACUCUGCACUCUCGUAGCCGACGUCUUCUCCCCCGGCGGCGUCGCCCGCCUCCGCCACGCCGUGGCACGCAAAUAUGUCCAGUGGCGCGCCUCGUCAGGCCAAUCCCGCACGUCGUCCUCUCUGUUCUCCACCCCGUCUCUGUCCCGCCACAACCAAGCCUCCCCCCUCUCCCUCUCCCUCUCCCUCCAGCGGACGUCGGAGGCGGGAACGUCCAACUCGUACGCGCUCGCCCGCCUGGCCGACCACGCGCAGCGCGAAGAGCGCCUCGCGCAGGUGCGCCUGGCCAACUGGGCCGCCGACCUGCAGAGGAGCCUCGCGCGGGAGCGGGAGGAGUACGCGAGCCUCGCCAGGAAGGAGCGGGCGCUGUGGCUGGCCGAGCGCAUGGGCGAGUGCGUGCGCGACGGGGACCUGGGCAGCCUGGUCGUUUCCGAACGGUCACGGUCUCGUUUGGGAGUGGCGACCGAUGCUAGUAAUAGGGACGAGGAAGGGAGGACGAGGGCGCCGCGGCGGCAGAGGAGGGGCAGGGCAGGGCAGGGGGACGCGAAGGAGGAUUAUUGCCAUCAUUCUUCUCAUCGUCAUUGUCAUCAUCAUCAUCAGCAGCAGCAGCAGCAGCAGCAGCAGAAGCGACAACAGCAGAGUCAGCAGCACAAGCAGGACCCGCUUGGUCUGCUGGAAGUGGCCGACGAACUGAGGCACAAGGGCCUGGUCGCCCUCGAGCUGCUGGGUGGAAUCGGCGUGCUGGGCGGGCUGGCGCUGUGGGUGACCAGGAACUACCUGCACCUGCAACCGUACGGCUGGUUGGCCGCCGAGUGGGAGCGUUUCUGGUACGGUCAGCGGUAACGGCCUCUUUUUUUGCUGGGCUGGCUGGCUACCCCGGCUGCUACUACUAACCUAACGGCAACUACUACGUUCCACCUCCUUUCUCAAAGGUCUUCCUACGUUAUCUUGGUAUCAUUUCUCCGCACUUACAAUCAUUUACAGGGCGUUUUGGCGCGCUAUAAUGUCUCAUAACGGCAUGCGUGGCUGGGGCUCGUCGCUGGUUUGUUUUGCGUCGGCG